AUGCCCAUCUUUGUAUCAAGAGAUGUUUGGCUUAUUGCAAUACCAUAUGCUGAAUUGGUAUCAUAUUUGAUCCAUGCGGGGGCCAUUAUACCAAAAGAAAUCCCUCAUGGUAUGCCUCCCUAUCAUCCUAAGCAUAACCCUAAUGCCUCGUGUGCCUAUCAUGCCGGGUAUAUAGGGCAUUCAACAAAAGACUAUUGGCCUCUCAAGAAUAAGAUUCAAGAAUUGAUUGACCAGAAGGUUUUGUCUUUCUCAAAAGAAGAGUCUAAUGUGAAAACAAACCCUCUGCCUAAUUACGGUGGCCCAAUAGUUAGUGCUGUAAUUGAAGAAGAGACUGUAGAAUCUGUCGAGAGGGUUGAUGACGUGAAGACUCCGAUGUUGGUAGUGUUGAAAAAGCUUGAACAGUUUGGGUUUCUGGUUGGUAUUCAUGAAGAUUAUGUUAUAUUUAAACCUGAUCCCGAUUAUUAUGACGUUCUGAAGGGUUGCAUGCAAGAUUUGAUGAAUCAAGGGUUGAUACAAUUCUCCAGAUCUAAGGAAGUUGAAGAGAUUGUGGUUAUUGAACCUAUAACCAUUGUGUACAGGAAUAAGAAGAUCGAAGCUCCUCCCAAGAGGAUUAAGCCGAUCCAUAUCCGUGUUCCUGGUCCAUUCCCGUAUCAAAACGCCAUGUGUUGCCUUGGAGCGGGAGGCAUGAGUCGUAGUGGCCGUGUAUUCGCUCCAAUAUACACUCCUAGGGUGUCUCCAUCAUCCACAGUUGUCCCGCCUAAGGAAAAGGUCCUUCCUACUCCUCCUCUGCAGGAAGGGGCAUCUGUACCCACCACUCCAAUCAUGACAAUUGUUCCAUCAUUAAAAAAGGUUAUUCCCGAUAAAGCUACAAAAUCUGAAACUUCUAAGGGUAAGGGACGAAUGGUUGAAGAUGAACAGGUUGAAGGUCACAAGAAAAAUGUCUCUUUUGAGGAAGGCCGAGAAUUCCUCAAAUUGUUCAAGAGUGACUUCAAGAUUGUUGAUCGGUUGGGUCAGACCCCUUCUAAAAUCUCUAUAUUAUCCUUAUUUCUGAGUUCUGAGGCUCACCGUACGGUGCUGUUGAAAGUCCUGAAUAUUGCUUAUGUGAUGCAGGAUAUCACAGUCGAUCAGUUUGAUGACGUGGUUGCAAAUAUCACCACUAAUAGGUACCUAGGAUUUAAUGAAGCAGAAUUACCUCCUGAGAGGAAUGCUCACAAUAAGGCAUUACAUAUUUUAGUCAUGUGUACAGAAUCCUUGCUAUCUCGAGUUCUCGUCGAUAUUGGUUCCCCACUUAAUGUAAUCCCAAAAGCUACAAUAAGUCAAUUACAGUUUAAGGGGCCCAAGAUGAGGAAUAAUGCAUUGAUUGUUCGUGCUUUUGAUGGCUCUAGAAGACAAGUAUUUGGUGAAGUAGAUCUACUCAUUUAUGUGGGACCUCACCAAUUCACUAUCACCUUUCAAGUUAUGGACAUUAAUCCAGCCUACAGUUGUUUGUUGGGUAGACCGUGGAUUCAUGUUGUUGGGGAAGUAACUUCUACACUACACUAA